AGAUGUUCACAAUUCCCCUUGGCUAACUUGUCUGCAGGUGACAGGGGAUCCAUGGGGACUAAAAUGGAGAUACCAACGUGGGUAGUGAUUUGGCUGGCAUUGUCCUUGGGAUUAGUGACUUCAGACAAAGGGAGUCCCCAGAAGAAUGCUCCAACGGUGAACAUCAUCCCAAAAAUGACCAAGUCAUCCAUGAUUGCAGGAGUGAGACCAGCACACAACGGGCAGGUCUGCAGCACAUGGGGGACCUACCACUUCAAAACCUUCGAUGGGGACGUCUUCCAGCUCCCUUCCAGCUGUAACUACAUCCUGACUUCACACUGUAAAAGCUCCUAUGAGGACUUCAACAUCCAGCUGAGGCGUCAGGUUGAGGGUGAAGAGCCGACCAUCAGCAAGGUCACCAUGAAGCUGGAUGGGGCAGUGGUGGAACUCACCAAGGACUUGGUCCAGGUCAACGGGGACAGUGUUACUCUGCCAUUCAGCCAGUCAGGCGUUUUCAUUGAGAAGACACCGUCCUACAUCAAGAUCACAGCUAAGCUGGGACUGGUUGCCAUGUGGAAUCAAGAGGAUGCCUUCCUUUUGGAGAUAGACAACAAAUACAUAAACCAGACUUGUGGGCUCUGUGGAGACUUUAAUGGAGUUCAGCUCUACGACGAGUUCAUUAUGGAUGGUAAAAUAUUAACUCCAUUUGACUAUGGAAGCUUCUGGAAGAUGGAUGACCCAAAUGAAAUCUGCAGUGAACAAAAACCAAAGUCUUCGAAAAAUUGUGCUGAACAGAUAUCAGUUUGUCAGAAGCUCCUCUCCAAUCCUGCCUUGAGCAGCUGUAAGGACCUGGUUCCCACUGCCUCCUUCAUCAAGGCCUGUGUGAUGGACAUGUGCCACUGUCCCAAGGGCAGCAGCAGCUCCUGUCUGUGCAACACCCUUUCAGAGUACUCUCGCCAGUGUGUGCAUGCAGGGGGGAAGCCCCAGCAAUGGAGGACAGCCCAGUUCUGCCCAAAGUCAUGCCCUUCCAACAUGGAGUACCAGGAGUGUGGAAUCCCCUGUGUUGACACCUGCUCGAACCCAGACAGGCGCCAGCUGUGUGAAGACCACUGCACCGAUGGCUGCUUCUGUCCCCCAGGCACUGUUAUCGAUGACAUCGGACAUGGUGGAUGUAUCCCAGUUCAUCAGUGUUCCUGCAGCCAUAAUGGAAAAGAAUAUAGACCUGGAGAAUCGUACACAACCAACUGCAAAGAAUGUGCCUGUUCUGGGGGCCAGUGGAGCUGUCAGGACCUUGAUUGCCCAAAAACCUGCUCUGUGAACGGAGGUUCACACAUCACCACCUACGAUGGCAAAGCCUACACCUUCCAUGGAGACUGUUCCUAUGUCCUCACAAAGCCAUGUGACGGGAGCAAUUUCACAGUGCUGGGGGAUCUCGUGAAGUGCGGGCUGUCCGACACUGAGACCUGCCUCAAAGCCGUCACCCUGGCCAUCUCAGGAGGGACCACCGUGGUAAACAUUCUAGCCAAUGGGAAUGUUUUUGUCAAUGGGAUAUUAUCUCAGCUUCCACUUAUUGCUGCGGGAUCAAGCAUUACCAAGCCAUCCACAUUCUACAUCAUCAUUCAGACACCGUUCGGACUUCACCUCAAGAUCCAGCUGACACCUAUCAUGCAGGUCUACAUUACAGCAGAAUCUGCACAUCAAGGCACCACCUGUGGAUUGUGUGGGAACUACAAUGAUAUCCAAGCCGAUGAAUUCAAAGCCAUGAGCGGGAUGGUACAGGGAACCCCGACGGCUUUUGCCAACAGCUGGAAAGCGAGAGCCAACUGCCCAGAUGUAAGCAUCAGCUAUGAAAACCCCUGCAGCCUUAGCCUGGAGAAUGAAAAAUACGCUGCGCACUGGUGUGCACUGCUCUCCGACCCGAAGGGCGUGUUCAGCCCCUGCCACGCCACAGUGAACCCCGACACCUACAAAGCUAACUGCAUGUACGACAGCUGUAACUGCGAGAAGAGCGAGGACUGCAUGUGUGCUGCAGCCUCCUCCUACGUCCAGGCCUGUGCUGCUAUGGGCAUCCAGCUGUCUGGCUGGAGAGGCGCCAUGUGCGGAAAAUACUCAUCUGAAUGCCCCAGCACCAUGGUCUACUCCUACAGCAUACAGAACAGCAGUCAGACCUGCCUCUGCUUUAGCAAUCCCGAUAACACCUGCAUGCUGACCUUUGAAGCAGUGGAUGGUUGUACCUGUGCUGACGGAACCUAUAUGAAUGAUGACGGCAAAUGUGUACCUCCUGAAAGUUGUCCCUGCUACACUAAGGGCACUGUCGUACCUCCUGGGGAGGUUGUUAGCAAGGACGGCAUUAUGUGCACAUGCAAGCAAGGGAAACUGAGCUGCAUAGGAGAAAUGGACAGUGUACCAUCUUGCACUGAACCAAUGAUCUUCUACGAUUGCUCUAAAACUGGACCAGGAGCCAAGGGCUCUGAGUGUCAGCAGAGCUGCCAGACACUGGACAUGGGAUGUAUAAGCACGGAGUGUGUGUCUGGGUGUGUGUGCCCAUCUGGAUUGGUGUCUGAUGGGAAAGGAGGCUGUAUAAAGCAGGAGCUCUGUCCAUGUGUCCACAAUGGAGAAUCAUACCAACCCGGAGACAAAGUCAACGUUGACUGCAAUACCUGUACUUGUAAGGAUACAAAAUGGCAGUGUACUGAUAACGAGUGCCACGGCACCUGUGCCAUCUACGGGGACGGCCAUUAUGUGACUUUUGAUGGGAAAAGGUUCACCUUCGAUGGAGACUGUGAAUACAUACUAACUCAGGACUACUGCAGCAACAACGUAAAUGGCACCUUCCGGGUCAUCACUGAGAAUAUCCCAUGUGGCACCACCGGUACCACCUGCUCUAAAGCUAUCAAGCUCUUCCUUGGGAACAAUGAGCUCAUACUGACAGACGGAAGCCAUGAAGUUAUCCAAAGAGAUACAGGCGAAGAGGUGCCCUAUCGGAUCAGUGUGAUGGGAAUUUAUCUGGUUAUUGAAGCCAAUAAUGGCCUGAUUCUUAUGUGGGACAAGAAGACAAGCAUGUUCAUCAAACUUAGCCCUACAUUUAAGGGCCAGGUCUGUGGUUUAUGUGGCAACGAUGAUGGUAAUGAAAACAAUGACUUCACCACCAGAAGCAAUGAAGUGGUCGUUGAUCCUCUGGAGUUUGGAAACAGCUGGAAAGCCUCUCCAAGUUGCCCUAAUUCAGAUUUUACCAAAGAUCCCUGCUUAUUCAAACCAUACAGGCAGUCUUGGGCCCAGAAACAGUGCAGCCUCCUCAAAAGCACAGUAUUCACAGCCUGUCACUCACAGGUGGAUCCUACUCCAUACUACGAUGCCUGUGUAAGAGACUCGUGCGCUUGUGAUACGGGAGGAGAUUGUGAGUGUUUCUGCACUGCUGUGGCUGCAUACGCAGAGGCUUGCAAUGAGGCUGGUGUCUGCGUAGCGUGGAGGAGUCCACAAAUCUGCCCUCUAUUUUGUGAUUUCUACAACCCACCUGGAGAGUGUGAGUGGCACUACCAGCCAUGUGGAGCUCCUUGUAUGAAGACAUGCAGAAACCCCUCAGGGUCGUGCUCCAGUCUGAUCCCUGCCCUGGAAGGUUGCUAUCCCAAAUGCCCACCUGCCCAGCCAUAUUUUGAUGAAGAUUCCAUGACGUGUGUGGAUAGGGAACAGUGUGGCUGCUACGAUAAAGAUGGAAAACACUACAACAAUGGAGAAACAGUUAAUUCCACAGUCAACUGUCAGACAUGUCUCUGCAAGUCAUCAAGCAUACAGUGCAAUUUCGACGAUCAAGCUUGUUACUGCAUUUACGAAGGAAACAGGUUCCCAUACGGAGCUACCAUUUACAAAACCCAUGAUGACCUUGGAAGCUGUAUCACGGCCUUGUGUGAAGAGAAUGGGUACAUCCACAAAAUCGUUGAUCAUGACUGUGGCAUAACAACCACAUCUACAACUUCAACAGCUACCUCAUCAACAUCAACCAUUUUGAAUUUCUCAUCAACAAGGCCAACAGAACCCAAUAUAUCAACAACAACCCCAAAAACAACUUCAGUAACUUCAGUGACAUCACCACUUUGUCAGAAAUGUAAGUGGUCUCCAUGGAUUAGUGUUGAUUACCCCCAAAUUGGUCCAAAUGGUGGUGACAAUGAAACUAUUGCAAAUAUAUUAAAUCAUGGGAUUAAAAUUUGCAAAAGACCAGAAAAUAUUAAGUGUCAAGCUGUGCAUUAUCCAGGAGUACCACUUUCUGGGUUAGGGCAAAAAGUAAUAUGCAACAAGGAUGUGGGAUUAAUUUGCAAAAACAAAGAUCAAUUUGUUCCACCAAUAUGCAUGGAUUAUGAGGUGAAAGUUGAGUGUUGUGAAAUCACAAGUUGCCAUAAUACAACAACACCCUCAACAACUACUUCAUUAAGCAAGAGUCCUCAGCCAACAACUACAAUUACUCCAACAACCACCACAACAGCUACUACAGUUUCAACAACUACAACCAGCCCUAAAACAACAACCACUACUCCAACAACUACAACCAGCCCUACAACAACAACCACUAUCCCAACAACUACAACCAGCCCUACAACAACAACCACAACCUCCACAACUACACCAACAACAACUACAACCACCACUACCCCUACAACUACAUCCUCCACAACUACACCAACAACAACUACAACCACCCCUACACCAACAACAACAUCUACCACCACUCAAACACCGAUACCACCAUCACCCACUCCAGUCUGCAACAAUGGAGAAAUCUGUCACUCAUCUGGAUGGAUUAAUGCUGGUCAGCCAACAAUUGGCCCCGAUGGUGGAGAAAGUGAAUCCAUUCAAAAGAUCAUUGCUUCUGCAGGAAUUA